AUUAGGCUGGCUUUCCAUGCCUUUAUAAGAUCUGGCAGCCUUUGGCAGACAAAGACAAAGUGACCGAGAAGUGACUGGAGACUUGAAGCUGAAGAGACUAUUCAAGCCAUGGAUAGAAUUGCCUUGAUCAUGGCUUGCCUGUGCCUCUGGACCUCCACUGCUCAGGAGGAUGGACAGUGUCCAGCAGAUAUCAAGAUUGUGGGUCUUGGGGAGUCUGAUAAAAUGGCUAUAAUCCGAGGCUGCCCAGGACUUCCUGGACCUCCUGGUCCCAAAGGAGAAGCUGGCUCUGAUGGAAAGCAAGGGGAGAGAGGACCCCCUGGGAUUCCAGGGCUAUCAGGACCAAUGGGUCCCAAAGGAGAUAAUGGAGAAAUUGACCUAUGCAAGACAGGAAGUCGGGAUUGCAGAGAGCUGUUCAGCAAAGGGAACACCCUGAGUGGCUGGUACACCAUCUACCUCUUUGACUGUAAGCCUAUGACUGUAUUCUGUGACAUGGACACCGAUGGCGGGGGAUGGAUUGUGUUCCAGAAACGGGUAGAUGGCUCUGUGAAUUUCUUUCGGGAUUGGGCUUCCUACAAAAGAGGCUUUGGCAGUCAGCUGGGGGAAUUCUGGUUGGGAAAUGAAAAGCUUCAUUUAUUGACAGCUCAAGAAACCUUUGAGCUUCGGAUAGAUCUCACUGACUUUGAUGGACACCAAACUUUUGCCAAGUAUAGGUCAUUUGAGAUUGCAGGGGAGAAUGAAAACUACAAGCUGAUCUUAGGAGACUUUGUGGAAGGUGAUGCAGGUGACUCGCUGACUUACCAUAACAACAAACCCUUCUCAACGAAAGAUCGAGACAAUGCAGAUAAAAAAAACUGUGCUGUUAGCUACAGUGGAGCCUGGUGGUACAAAGAAUGCCAUCUGUCUAACCUGAAUGGCUUGUACCUCAAAGGUCCCCAUGACAGUUUUGCCAAUGGGAUAAACUGGCACUCGGGCAAAGGAUACAAGUAUUCCUACAAAGUGUCUGAGAUGAAGCUUAGGCCUACUUAGCUUGUGGGGAGGCCCAGGACAUUUUCCAGGGGAAUGUUGGACUAGCAGAGGCAGUGGCUGUAUCCACCUAGGAGGAGACAACCAGAGUUCCAAUCUCAGAUCCAGAGAGAGGUUCAAAGAAGAAUUGGAUUUUUGUCAUGAUCCCAUAGUCUCUGGCUAUGUGAUUUGGGGCAAUUCUAAUCUUUCUCAACCUCAGUUUCCUCAUCUGAAGCAUGGAAACCAUAAUUCCAGAACUAACUCAACUAACAGCUAUUUCCUAUAAGCCUCAAAAAGAAAAUAUGUGAAAUCAUCUUGUUUUUGUCAGUGAAGGAUAUAAAUGAGAGUUAUUAUUGAUUUAAUAGCAGGGAAGAUGGAAGAUAGAAGGAAAAAAUCAUCCUUGUGGCCUAUAAAUGAAUGAUAUUAAUUAUUAAACUAAAUUUUCAACCUUUAAUAUUCCUCCUGAUGGAUGAGAAGAUGAAAUAAUACUAAUUUUCUACAAUUGUGCUUAUAAUUACGAAACUUUUACAAAUUUAACUUUUAGGAAGUAUUUUUCCAUGAAUUAUGUCAGAUAUCAGAAUUAAGAGAUAAGAAAAGAAUGAUUUCUCUUUGACAGGUAGCACAGUGAAUAUUAAGCUAGACUUGGGGGUGGGAAGAUGAGUUCAACUUCUGCCUCACUUAUUUACUAGCUAAGUAACCUUGACUUCACUCAGAUUCAGUUUCCUCAUCUAUAAAGUGGGAAUAAUCAUAGAACCUACCUCCCAGAUUUGUGAGGGGCAAAUGAGGGCAAAUGUACAAUGCUUGGCACUAAAUACACAGUAAUCAGUUAUUAUAUGUGAGAAAAAUGAACCCAGGAGGUAAAAGUGAUUUGUCAAGUCCAUGCCCAUGGCCUCCUGAUUUUCUUACCUAUUCCUUUCCACUGCUUAUCAGAAACCACCUAUGACAAAGGACCAAAUUAUCCUGUUAACCUUUCCCUGGGCAUUCAUUUAUUGACUGGUCAGUGAGGAUUAUAAAGAGUGUCGAACAAGAGUAUCAGCCCGGUGCUAAGUGUGCAGAAAGUUCAUGGCUGGAUCCAGCAGCAAGGCUUCUUUCUGGCUUGGGAAACAACUGGUGCCUUCACCUCUGGCUGCUGAAUUCUGCCAGACAGUCUAUUUCCAGACUGGAAAAGGUGCCACUUUUUACAUCAAUACUCAAGUAGAAGCGAAAAUUGGCAGUUUUACCCUUCCACCUCUGGAACAGCCAUUUCUUUCUCUCUGGCCUCAGUUUGAAAUUUUUAAUCAGUUUUGAUGAAGAUUGAACUAGUCAUGGAGAAUGCUUUUUAGCAUAGACAUUUCAUGCUGGAAGAAAUUCUAAUUCAACCUCUUAAUUUUACAGAUGAGGAAACUGAUACCUAGAGAAGUAUAGAGGCUACCCAGAUAUUCAGUAGCAGAGUUUAAAACAAAUUAGUCUGACUCUAACUACAAUGUUCUCUUUCAGAAACUGCAGGUUCAUAGAUUUAGAACUGGAGAGUCAUCUUCAUUCUAUAGAUGAACACCCCCAGGCCCAGGAAGAGAUUUUAAAUGACUAGUCCAAAAUCACCUAGAUGGGAGAGCUGGGAAUUUCUCCCGCCAUCUAGCAUGCUAAAUGGCCUAGAUCUCUCCCCGUGGCAUUAACCAGUCUGGACUAUUACCAUCACUCCCCACUUAGAUUUCCUGUCUUGUGUCUCCCCUCUUUGAUAUAUCUUCCAUAGCUGUCCCUACUCAGAAAUUGUCCCCAUGGCUUCCUAUUGCAUCUAGGACAGAACACAAACCUCUCAAUCUGGUCCUUAAAAUCCUUCUCUGGCUGGUUCCAACCUGUGUCUCUGCUCUUUUAUACAUUACUCUCCCUGUGGAAGAUGGUCUUUCUUUAGUGUCCACACAAGCUAUUUUCCCCACGAUCACAAUGUGCUUCCUCCUCAUCUUCACUUUUUUUAGACGCCCUGACUCUCCUCCAAGCCCUGUUAGAUUGUGACUUUCUACAAGAAGCCUAAUCUGAUGCCCCAGGGGUUAGUUCUCCUUCCUCCAAUUACUUUGUAUAUACUGAGCUUGUAGUUUCUAUUUACUUAAGUAUGUACAUGCUAUUGUUCUCCAAAGAAAAUAUUAGCUCCGGGAAAAGAAGGGAUUUUGUUUUGUCUAUGUAACCUCAAACACAAUAGGUACUUCAUAAAUGCCUGUUGAGCAAGGUCUGGGGGGGUGUGAGACACAACAAAAGGCCUGAAUAAAUAAAAUAUCUUUCCCACAA